UCGACGGUUUUGUGACUUUUGACUGGCGAUGGGGGCGAGCCAAACUUCCCUUCCCGUCCGUCAAUUGAAGCACCGCACUGGCCUUGAUUCCGCCUUCAACCAUGCUGCAAAGGUCCCAACAACCAAAAGAAACGUUCUUCGACUUUCCAAGGUCGACUAUAGUACGCGAAAAGCCCUCAGUGCGCUUGAGGAAAGCUGUGAUAGACGGAAACAUACAUGCUGUGAAACGUUUGUUGCGCAAGGUGAACAGCAUACAAAAUCCAGACCCGGAUACUGGAAUGACAUCUUUGUUACUGGCCGCCAAGCAUGGGAAAGUGGAUGUGGUCAACUAUUUACUCAGUGUUGGCCAUGAAGACGAAACGAUAUCACUGGACAAUGAAGAUAAUACUGUACUUAUGCUUGCGGCCAUCAAUAAUGAAGAAGAGAUAUUCUACCGUUAUGCCGAGAAAUAUCCAGAGUGUAUUCAUGCUAUCAACAAACAUGGAUGGUCAGUUCUCUUAUUCGCUGCAAAGAACGGAAAUGUUAAUAUUGUGGAGUUUCUUUUGUCUAUAUCAGCCGAUGUAGACCAUGUUGAUGAUGAUGGUAACUCGGCUUUACAUCAUGCAGCGGCGUGGGGGCAUACGCAUGUCAUAACUUUACUAGUACUGGGAGGAUGCAACAUCGACCUCGAGAAUCGCCAGCACUUUACAGCCAGCGACUAUGCUUACAGCUUCUCAGUAAGGGUACACUUGAGAGAGUUGGCGCGGAUGCACUUAGAAGACAUAGCAGCGAUCGCCCCAAGGCAAUCGUUACCAUUCAGUACUCGAUCUGAGGCUAGCGCUGGUCGACCGGGACCUGAGACAAUCUACAGACAUAGACAUAGUUCUAGUUAUGAAAGCACAUUGAGAUCAGAGUAUGCGCCGCCCUACGCCUCAUCGCUCCCAUCAGCUGGUGUUCCUCUGGCCACAUCGCUUAGCUCCUCCAGUUCAUAUCUUCAUACUGCUUCCAUCGGUAGCCCGCAAUCACAGGAUGCUUUUGGCGAAUAUAGAGGACGACCGGCUAGCUCUGGAGACCAAGCGACGUCCCCCAGGUUGCGUGGGGCUUGAUCACGCUGCCAAUAACAUUUCAAAAGUAUACCCGCCGCUGCUCUCACUUGCCAAAAUAAAAAACAAAUGCAUUAUGAGAGAGUUGUUUAUAUGUCGUUGGCUGUUGCUCACGAACUGCAUCUAUACAUAUUUGUCUGGCCAUUACUUUCUUCUAAUGCAGCUCAACUGGAUGUCCUCCGACACCCCGUAUGCAAUGAUGUCUGUUCUCUUUCGAUAAUUUUAAUAAACCUGUAUAGACAAGAUGCCUUUUAUAAUAGAUUGAGCUGUCCAAGUAG